AUGCAGCUCACCAAGGUUUUCCUUCUGGCCACGAGCCUUGCAACGGCCUUCGCCGCCCCCUUUGCUGAGGCCGAUCCGGCCGCAGAGGCUGCCGAGCUCGAAAAGCGCCAACUGCUCAACGACCUUGCGCCAGACGUCGCGGCCCUUUUGACGGCUCUUGGGCUUGGUUCUCUCGCCACGCCUGUGGGCGGCCUCUUGGACACUUUGGGCUCCAACGUCAAGCUCAAGGAGCGCGACGUGACCAGCGACCAGGCUCUGGACAUCGCGGACAUUCUCACACGCCGUGGAGUCCCCAGCGACAUUGCCCUCCCGAUCCAGGACCUCCUCAACACCAGGAGCACCGACAUUCAAAAGCGCCAAGUCCUAACCUCACUUACUUCCCUGCUCACCAGUCUCCUCUCUAGUGUGACCAAUACGGUUAACAGCACCGUCACGGGCGUCACCGGUGUCGCCGGCAAUGCCCUCACCAACGUGACUGGCACGGUUGGCAACACUGUGACAGGGGUCACUGGAGCUCUUGGAAGCACCGUCAGCGGCGUCUUGAGUGCUCUUGGCACCAUUCUCGCUUGA